CCUGCGCGAACAGCAGCAAAAUGCAACUAGAAAAUCCCAAACGCAUUUAAUUGUUUGGUGAACAUUUCGCAUCGCUUGGUGGCGUCAAUUUGCAUUUUAGGUCUUUUGCCAGCGAUUUAAACACGGCAUCGAGCACGCAGGCACAGAGCAAGUAUACCCGGAUGAACGGCAAGAUGGACCGCCGCAAGAAACGCACCUCCUCGGAGCAAUACCAAAUGUACAUCGACAUGAUGGAGAGCGACCCCAUUUUCGCCACCGGACGAGUGCCGCGCGAUUAUGACCUGAACUACUUGACCAAAAAGUGGAAGGAGCUCUCCGACCGGCUAAACAAGUGCAGCUCCGGACCCACACUGACGCCGGAGGAGUGGCGCAAGCGGCUAAACGAUUGGAAGAACACCACCCGCUGCAAGUACAGACGCAGCCUUCUGUCCACGGAAAAGGACAUCUCGAUGACCUCCGUGGAGACGCGCGCACUCGAUCUCUUUGGCAAGGUGCCCACCACCGGCGGCGAAACGAUGAUAAAUCUGAAGUCCGAAAAGGAUGAGCACGACGACGAGAUGGAGGAACUGGGCCAGCGUACUUCGGCGGCAUUUCAAAAGGAACUGCAGGCCGCCGUUGAGGAAGCCAUCAACGAUGAGGUGGACGAGGAGGAGAUGGUGGAGGAGCAUGUCGAUCACGAGGACAUGAUGGAGGAGAAUCUAGCGGAGACCGGCAUCACCGCGUCCACAACUGCGGUCAAUACGGGCGGCGGCACCUAUCGCACCAUCGUCGUGGACAACACAUCCUUCGAGCACGUCGAGGAGGAGGCCCAAACGGUGCAGCCGCACGCCGUCGAGUACGUCACAUCCCGCAGGCCUGCUGCCGCCGUCAUCAAUCCGGGCACGGCCUCCUCCGGUAAUAAGCUGAUCAACGGCGAGCUGCCCGUCAAGCGGAUGCGCACACAGCCCAGGGAGCAAAUUAUCUACGAAGUUAAAAAUGCGACGCGUUGCAUUUCAAACAUGCAGGCCGUGCCGCCGCUGCACAGUACAAAGCUGGAGCGGGAACCCAGUUCGCUGACAAGCGCGCUGAGCAGCAGCGAUGCCCAGCAGAUCGCGCACCAGCUGAAGCGACUGGCCGACAUCAAAUACGAGACACUGCAGUUUGAGAUUGCGCGCUUCAAGUUCAACAACCCGGGCUUCCAGUACGACCCGCCGUCCUUAUAGUGUCCCAAGCGGCAGGGCGAGAUCAGUGGGUCUAAGCAAUCGGCAAAAACUCCAGCACCAUCAGAAGCCACGGCGAAAGGAUCAGCAUUAGCAAAAGCAAUGGAACGAGCCAAGUCAGCUCGAAUUGUAUAGGUCUUUUACGACCUAUUUUCUAGCUCUCCAAGUCCCGCGCUCCGCCGAAACACACAAACUUGUAACUUAUAGUAGCCAGAUUUAAAAUGAUUAGUUUAAAAUUGACAUAGAAUUCUAUUGUGUAAACAGUUAUUUUCAACUUUUCAAGCACUUCACCUACGAUAUCCAUAUAUGAAAUAGGCAUAUAAUUGUAAUAUCUAAAGUAAAAACCAAUUGGACAAGUAAUUUUAACGCGUUGUAUGUAAAUGUUAAGAAUAAAGUUUACCAAUGAUAUAUA